AUGGACGUCGACCAUGUGCAACACCGCUCCCAGCGCCCCCCUCACCACUAUCCGUCCUCGUCUAUUGCCUCCGACACGCCGCCUCCGAUACCGACUCGAACCCGCUACAACUCUACGAACCACGCCGCUUCUCGUCGUCGCAUAUCCCAACACACCUUUACUGGCGGUGUUGCAGCUAAGCGCCAGAGCAUACCUCCUGCCGCCAGCCCUGAGGUCAUCUCAAGUCUGAUCACCAGCUUGAGCGGUAUCGCGAAACCUGCCGACGAUUAUUUCGAGGCUGCUACUUCGGGCACACCAUCCCCGCCGGCACCUUUCUCCGGUCUCACUCGCCCUUCCUCGAGUAACAGAGGCCCCUCUGGCGGCAGUUUCGGUGUUGAUUACGGCGCAUAUUCAAAGCCAAGCUACCCCGAGUUAUCAAGCCCCAUCUCUCUCGACGAGAUUGCCGCCUCCCCUCCCAUCGUUCGCACCUCCAAACCUACCAGUGGCUACUCUCCUCUCAACGCUUCGAAAAGUCCCAAAUCCUCGCGAAGCGCCUCUAGCCGCGACGGCGGGUUGCGAUCGUUCAUCCGCAGCAGCAGCUCUAAUUCACCCUCUCGACCGUCGUCAAAGACAUCUGCCAAGAAUGAUGACACCCAUAGUAUUGGUAAUCUCUCGAUAGAACGUCCCCCGGCGCCUUCUGUCGAUCAGGAGCUCAAUCAUAAGCGGUCUUUUGAUAGCUGGGGAAAGAAGACUGGCCGGAGUUAUAAAGGCUUGAUGUACAUGAGCUCCAGAGAACGACUACGGGAAAAGGAAGAUCGAAAGCGUUCUCUGGACAGCAACGGAGGCGGGGGCCUCGCUGGGGCUAAGAGCAACCAGAGUCUUUCGAAAACAGACCCCUCCCUGGCUGAGAUGGCAAUCAGCGAAGAGCCGACCAUGGCUAACAACCUCUCGCCGGCCUUCCGGCAAGUAUCCGCAAGCCCUAGGCCCAUCCCAAAUCGGGACUCAAGUCUUAAAAAGAUGAAUAGCCCACCUCCGAGGCGAGACAGCAGACGAAGUCACAGUAGUGAACCGCGAGCUCAUUCAACUGCUCCGAUGGCAGCAGCCAACGGCAACACGACCGAGACACCUGCCAACUCAGGCCGGAAGCGUGGAUCUGCGAAGAAGUCUCCUCCUCAGCUUGAUAUCAACACCUCAUCGGCAGGCCACAGCUUUCUCCUUGGUCCAGGCGAGGCAGCCGGAGCAAACAAUGUCGAGACCCCUACCACACAGCGAUUCCUUGAUACUAUCCGGAGCGACUAUCUUGCCUUCGACAAUCACCGAGCCAGUGUGGAUGCUACAGACGGCGCUCCUUAUCCAGCAGUGGCUCAGAGCCGGAGGCGAUCUGAUCAAAGCCUAGAGCAUGGAAACCGCCGCCGAUCCGGUCAGAACCAGAACAAAGAUUCGGCUACAGAUGAUGGUAAAGGGAAGAGGAGCAGUUCUAGGCUGAAACGACUCUCACGGCCGACGAGUCCGGCUGUUGAUGGCAAGACAUCGACUGAUGUACACAGGGAUACCGAUGGUGGUGCUCCUUUGGAGCGAGUGGACUCGACUGAUUCUGUUGAUGAUGCUGUCGAGGCGUAUCUAUCUUCACCGCGGCUAACCCAGAGAAUCAGGCAUCCUCAAACGGGCAGGGUUAUAUGCUUUUCAGAGGUCGGCGACCCGGAGGGCUCAGCUGUCUUCUGCUGUGUAGGAAUGGGGCUCACUCGUUACAUUACGGCAUUCUAUGAUGAGCUGGCCCUUACGUUGAAGCUCCGUCUGAUUACUCCCGACCGACCUGGUGUCGGAGAGAGCGAGCCAUACGCAGACGGAAGCACCACUCCGCUCGGUUGGCCUGAUGACGUUUACGCUAUUUGUCAAGCUCUGAAAAUCACCAAAUUCUCUAUCCUUGCCCACUCGGCUGGCGCAAUCUAUGCCCUGGCGACUGCCCUCCGAAUGCCCCAGCACAUUCGAGGCAGAAUCCACCUCCUGGCGCCUUGGAUUCCUCCAUCACAGAUGAAUGUCUUUGGUGGAUCACAGGCUCUCCCACCUACUCAUGCUAUCCCAACUUCGCAGCGUAUUCUACGAGCCCUGCCAACGCCGAUGCUCAAGGUGGCCAACAGCAGCUUCAUGUCUGCCACAAGCACAUCCAUCACAACCUCGUUGCCGAAGACGCCCAGGAGGACCAAACGCAAAUCUCAAAACCGAGAGAACAACUCGGCUCCUACAAUUCUACCUCCAGACAAGGAAAAUAUCGGGGUGGCUGUAAAGGAUGCAGCAGAGAUGGCGAAGAGGGGUGUUGAAAACGCAUCUAAGCGUACAGGUGCCGUGGAUCACGAUAGGAAUGCUGCAGAUGGAGACCGAGGCGAGGACAUGCGGACUCAAGAAGAAAUUGACGAGGAUGCUGCUGCAGACGCGGAGCGUCAACAGGUUUACGAUAUCCGAUUAACACAUGCCAUAUGGGCUCUUGCCACCACUGGAGCAAACCCUGCAGUUGACUUAUUAGUCUGCUUGGAGCGCCGCCACACCAUUGGUUUCCGAUACGUUGAUAUCAACCGGCCUGUUAUCAUCCACCACGGCAGCAAAGAUACUCGUGUCCCUGUUGACAAUGUCAGGUGGCUUGGCAGGUCUAUGCGGAGGUGUGAGGUCAGGGUUCUCGAAGGUGAGGGCCACGGACUGAUGGCAAGCGCGAGUGUGAUGGGCUCGGUGCUCAUGGAGAUCAGCAAAGAGUGGGAUGAGUGGAUGAGAGUCACGGGCGCUGAUGGCCGCAAAGAGAAAGAGCGAGGACGACGGACUGGUCUCCAUCGAUGA